CAAAUAUUUAAGGUUUUCAAUGCUUGCCUGAAUUUCUGCCUGAUACUCAAAUACUUUCGUCAUCGAAUGGUGAGCCUUUACUUCUACUAAAAAAAAACCUAGAAGCUAUUCAGCAUCUCUCUUUGCAGCAGCAGCCAGCAACCUGCACUCAUGGCCAAACGAGCACUUCAAGCGCUCUCCCUCACAAAGCACAGCGGAGAUAUCUUCGACGCUCCAGAUCAUACGGUCUUAAUUCACGCCUGCAACACCCAGGGUAAAUGGGGCGCCGGAAUCGCAAUCCCGUUUAAGGAUGCCUAUCCUGAUGCUUUCAACACCUACCACGAGCACUGUCUCUCCGAUCCUGUUCAAACAGGGACUUGUCUGCUCAUAGAGCCCUGUGGGCCCUCGAAACAUUGGAUUGCGUGUCUGUUUACAAGCGCAAAGCAUGGACGUGGGAAGGACAAGCCGGACGAGAUUCUCGAGAACACGAGGCGAGCAGUUGAGGAUUUGUUGGAAAAGGUGAAGGAGGCCGAGGGCAAGGGUGAGAUGGUGGGAAGCUUGAGGAUGUGCAAGAUUAAUUCGGGGAAGUUUGGGGUGGAGUGGGAGAGGACGGAGAUGGUUUUGAAGGAGGUGGAGGUGAAGGAGGGGCAUAGAGGGGUUGUAGAGGUUUGGGAUCGCGAGGGAGACUUCUCAUAA